GAAAGAGCAUAAUCAACUUAGGUGAAUUCAGUGUUUUACCAAAAGGAUCAAUGCAGAAACGCAGAAAAGUUUCAUUGGCCAUUCUAAUAAGGAGAUUCCUCGGUGCAAUCAUUCUUUCAAUAACCAUUACUUGUUUCUUCUUUGUUCAUGUGCACGUAUCAACUUCUCCAACUGAUCCUAAUAACUUCAAUGAAAAGAUUCACAUGUUUCGUAACCUUCAAAGCUGGACCCGAGAGUUUGUUCCACCCCAUUCAUCUAAGGCUCCACCCUCUGCUCCCAAGUUGAAUGAUUCAAGUGGGGAUCCAGACUAUGAGAAACUAUGGAAGCCACCUCCAAAUCAUGGGUUUCUACCCUGUACAAAGCCUACUCCUAACUACACUACUCCUGAAAAUUCACAAGGUUACCUCCUAGUUCAUACAAAUGGAGGACUCAACCAAAUGCGCGCCGGGAUAUGUGAUAUGGUAGCUAUAGCUCGCAUUAUAAAUGCUACUCUUGUAAUUCCAGAACUUGAUAAAAAGUCAUUUUGGCAAGAUAGUAGCAUUUUCUCAGACAUCUUUGACGAAAAGAGGUUUAUUAGUUCUCUUGCUGAUGAUAUAAAAAUCAUUAACAAACUUCCCAAGGAGCUGGCUAAUGCCCCUAAAAUGGUGAAACAAUUCAAAAGCUGGUCUGGUAUGGAUUACUAUCAAAAUGAGAUUGCAGCCCUUUGGGAUAAUUUCAAAGUUAUUCAAGCUUCCAAAUCAGAUUCUCGACUAGCAAAUAACCAUCUACCUCAAGAUAUUCAAAAGCUUCGCUGCCGUGCUUGUUAUGAAGCUCUUCGUUUUUCUCCUCGCAUUGAACAGAUGGGGAAGAUAUUGGUGGAGAGGAUGAGAUCAUAUGGUCCUUAUAUCACAUUACACUUGCGCUAUGAGAAGGAUAUGCUUGCAUUCAGCGGCUGCACGCAUGAUUUAUCAACUUCUGAGGCCAAGGAACUACGGAUUAUCAGAGAGAAUACUACUUAUUGGAAAAGAAAGCACAUCGAUCCAAAAGAAGAGAGGGCCAAAGGGUAUUGUCCCUUAACUCCAAAGGAAGUUGGAAUUUUCCUUAGUGCUCUUGGAUACCCUGCAAAGACUCCAAUAUAUAUUGCUGCAGGGGAGAUAUAUGGGGGUGAAUCCCAUAUGACUGAAUUGCGAUCACGCUAUCCCUUUUUAAUGAGCAAGGAAAAGUUGGCAUCUAUUGAAGAGCUUGAACCAUUUUCUAAUCAUGCGUCGCAAAUGGCUGCUCUUGACUAUAUUGUAUCUGUUGAAAGUGAUGUAUUUGUACAUUCUUACCCUGGCAACAUGGCGCGAGCGGUUGAAGGCCAUCGUCGUUUUCUUGGGAGAGGAAGAACCAUUUCUCCAGAUAGGAAAGCUCUCGUUCGUCUGUUCGAUAAACUGGCGAUUGGAUCAAUAACUGAGGGGGAACAACUGUCCAAAAAAGUGAAUGAUCUCCACAAAGGAAGGGUUGGCUUAUUAAGGAAGAGAAAAGGACCCAUUCCUGGAACAAAGGGAGUGGACAGGUUUCGUUCAGAAGAAACAUUUUAUGCAAAUCCUUUACCUGAUUGUUUAUGUCGUAAAGAAUCACCACCUACAGUAUAAAAAGCCUACUCAAGUUAAAGCAAAAGCAUUUUCCUUCACAAGUUAACACAUUGGUGAAAGAAUGACUCAUAACACAAUCUGAAACAAAUUCAGCUGGAAGAAGGUGUUAUAAGGACUGGUAGCUGAGUGUAUAUGUCUAGAAGGAAAAGAAAGAAAAAAAGGAACGAGGGAAUUUUGAUAUACAAAGCUGGAAGGUGACAACAUGAGAUUCUUAUAUGAUGGUGCUUUUGGAAGGAAAACUUAUUCAUUCAUUUAUUCUUUGAUUUAUUGAGUUGAGUGAGCAUCACUUAUUUAUGUAAAAGAGAAGAGCUGUUUAACAUAGCUAGGGAGUUGUUUACAUGCUUUAUUGCAAAUUGCAUUAUUGUAAUUAUACUUUUUGUUCCUUAGAAGAUAACAAAAUG